AUGAGGGCUGUGCCUGCCAGUGAUGAGGAGCUUAGAAUCUUUAACUCCUUUGUGUACUCGGAGAAGACUUCAAAUGGUGAAACGGAGGUGCAGCAGCUAGCAAAAAAGAUCCGUGAGAAGUUUAACCGGUACCUGGAUGUGGUGAACAGGAACAAGCAGGUGGUGGAAGCCUCUUACACAGCCCACCUCACGUCAGGUAAAUCUGUACUGAUGUUUUGUCUUCUCUCUGAUUUCAGAUUUGAUGGUAAUUUUAACACCAAUGUUUCGAAGACUAUCAGCUGUGAUCGUCUCUCCCCUACCGUCAAUAGUCGAGCUUUCAACCCAGGACGAGACCUCAACUCUGGUUUGGUUCCUAUUUCCCAACAGUUUCCCAAUAGUUCUGUAAGAGUUCCCCCGACUGUCAUAAGGCUGCGUCCCAACUUUAUAGGCACUGAAAACUUUGCUGCGCAUUUAGGAGAGCCUGUGUAUGUUUCGGCAGUAAGGCCGCAGUCGAAACAUAUUGUAGUGAUCAUAGACCAUGGUGCCUCUGUCACUGAGACCCAACUCCAGAUCGCCCGUGACGCUGCGCUAAUCAUCCUCAACUCCAUCGAUGAGCAUGAUAAAAUCUCAGUGUUGACAAUAGCAGAUACUGUUCGUUCCUGUUCUCUGGAUCAGUGCUACAAGAGCUUCCUCUCACCUGCUACCAGCGAGACUAAGAGGAAGAUGAGCACCUUCAUCAACAACAUUAAAGCGUCUGACAGCUCUACCCAGCAUGCACUGGGCUUCCAGAAAGCCUUUCAGUUGUUAAGGAACACAAGCAACGUCACCAGACAGCCGACUAACACCGACAUGGUGAUAAUCUACCUGUCAUCAGGCGUCACCUCCCGAGACUCAUCCGAGCACGAAAAGAGAGCAACCCUCAGCGUGGUCAAAGAGGAGAACCGCCACCUCAACAACUCUGUCAUGAUCCUCACCUAUGCUCUCAUGAACGAAGGAGUAACGGGACUCAAGGAGCUGGCCUUCUUGCGAGACCUGGCCGAGCAGAACUCUGUUAAGUAUGGCGUUCCAGAUCGUUCCGUCCUGCCUGUCGUGAAGGGCAGUAUGAUGGUUUUAAACCAGCUCAGUAACCUGGAGACCACCGUGGGACGCUUCUACAUCAACCUCCUCAAUCGAAUGAUCGACGUGGCCUCCUUCAGCUUGCCUUAUGCAGACCAGAUGGGAGACGGUUUCAUCAUGACCGUCAGCCGGCCAUGCUACUUUGGGAACUUGUUGCUGGGUGUAGUUGGAGUGGACGUGAAUCUGGCAUACAUACUGGAGGACGUCACCUACUACCAGGACUCCCUGGCCUCAUAUACAUUCCUCAUAGACAAUAAAGGCUACACCCUCAUGCAUCCGUCACUCACCCGACCUUACCUGAUGACUGAAGCUCCCCUCCAUACAGACAUCAUCCACUAUGAGAACAUCCCAGGGUUUGCUGCUGUGCGUCAAAAUAUCCUCAGUCUGCCUCUGGGGAGUCAAGUCAUUGCUGUGCCUGUCAACUCCACUCUGUCUUGGCACAUGAACCGCCUACGUGAUCCCAGUCGAGAUGCCUACAAUGUCAGCUACGCUUGGAAACUGGUUCAGGACACUUCGUUUAUAUUGUGUAUAGUUUAUGUUCAGCCGGAGAUCCCGGUAAAGCAACUGAAAAAUCUGAACACGGCCCCUAGCAGCAAACUCCUGUACCACCGCCUGGAUCUGCUGGGGCAGCCCAGCUCCUGCCUCCACUUUAAACAGCUCGCUACAGUCGAGAGUCCCACAGUGAUGUUGUCUGCUGGUAGUUUCUCCUCUCCAUAUGAGCACUUGAGUCAGCCAGAGACCAAGCGCAUGGUGGAGCACUACACAGCUUACCUGAGUGACAACACCCGGCUCAUAGCUAACCCAGGCCUGAAGUCUUCUGUGAGAAAUGAGGUGAUGGCCACCAGUCACGUGACAGAUGAAUGGAUGAGUCUUAUGGAGAUGAGCAGCCUCAACUGCUACAUUGUGAGGCGUUACAUAGCAACGCCCAAUGGGGUGCUGCGGAUUUACCCCGGUUCUCUCAUGGACAAAGCCUUCGAUCCCACCAGGAGGCAAUGGUACCUACAUGCUGUAGCCAAUCCUGGUCUUAUCACUUUUACUGGACCCUACCUGGAUGUUGGUGGGGCGGGCUAUGUGGUCACUAUUAGCCACACCAUCCACGCCUCUAGUUCCCAAAAGGCCUCCGGUUACACAGUAGCGGUUAUGGGCAUUGACUUCACUCUGCGCUACUUCUACAAAGUUCUGUUGGAUCUUCUGCCCAUCUGCAACCAGGACAAGGGCAACAAAAUCCGGUGUUUUAUCAUGGAGGACAGAGGCUAUCUGGUGGCCCAUCCGACCCUGAUUGACCCGAAGGGCCAUGCUCCAGCAGAACAGCAACAUAUUACUCAUAAGGAGCCUCUAGUGGCCAAUGACAUUCUUAACCACCCCAACUUUGUGAAGAAGAACCUGUGUAACAGUUUCAGUGAUCGUACCGUGCAGCGUUUCUACAAGUUCAACACCAGCAUUGUCGGUGAUCUGACAAACCUUGUGCAUGGCAGUCACUGCUCAAAGUACCGGCUCACUCGUAUCCCAGGAACCAAUGCGUUUGCUGGUAUUGUGAAUGAGACCUGUGAUUCACUGGCCUUCUGUGCUUGCAGUACUGUGGAUCGUCUCUGUCUUAACUGCCACAGAGACGGCCUAACUGACUCAGCUUGCCUUACUACUGUGUGUGUGUGUGUGCAUAGAAAUCCGAGCUGUGACGUGCACCAAGAGCCUUUGUCUUUGACUGUUAUUGAGCCCAGUCUACAGGACACUCUGCCUCAGUGUAUCAACACCAGAUGCAACCAGCGCUUCACCAGCAGUGACUGUUUUGGUGUUCUGGACUGUGAGUGGUGUAUGGUUGACAGUGACGGAAAGACCCAUCUGGAUAAGCCUUACUGUGCCCUACAGAAGGAAUGUUUUGGAGGAAUAGUGGGUGCCAAGAGUCCUUAUGUGGAUGGACUGGGCAUUUUAGAUGAGGAGUUGGCGUCACUGAAUAUGAUCAAGAGUGCACCUGUGGGGCCAGUGGCAGGUGGGAUUAUGGGAUGCAUCAUGGUGCUGGUGUUAGCUGUGUAUGCCUACAGGCACCAGAUCCACCGUCGCAGUCAUCAGCACAUGUCCCCGCUGGCUGCACAAGAGAUGUCUGUCCGGAUGUCCAACCUGGACAACGAACGAGAUGACAGAGAUGAAGACAGUCACGAAGACAGAGGAAUAAUUAGUAACACUCGAUUCAUUGCUGCUGUUAUUGAGAGGCACACACACAGUCCAGAACGACGGCGGAGAUAUUGGGGCCGGUCAGGGACAGAAAGUGACCAUGGUUACAGCACCAUGAGCCCUCAGGAGGACAGCGAGAACCCGCCCUGCAACAACGAUCCUCUCUCUGCAGGCGUUGAUGUGGGCAAUCACGACGAGGACCUUGACCUGGACACACCUCCACAGACAGCUGCUCUUCUCAGCCACAAGUUCCACCCCUAUCGGCACCCCCACACGCACCACCCCCUGCACUUGCACAUGCAUCAUCUCCAGGCUGCCGUCACCGUGCACAGUGUGGAUGCCGAGUGCUGAUCCUGUCCACCUGUGACCCCAAACCAUCCGCCAACCCUGCCUUUGAUGCCACUGCUAACUUCAUCCACCACCAUUCAGGCCCUGAAUCCUGCAAAAACGAGGAGAGAACCUUAACUCCCAACUCUCCCUGGGCAUCUGCUGAGGCGGUCAGAGGUGUUUUGUGCUUGUUGACCAUGGGGGGCGAACAUUUGACCUCUGUAGAGGUCAUUAGGGAGUGGAUUUGGCAGGUGCAUACGAUACAAAGCUCCUUAUGUUUUUU